GGAUAUUUUACCACCCCGCACGCUGGCACCCGGUGAUCACUUUUACCGCAAAGAGGAGGGAAACCAUAACCGAGCGUCCACCUGCGAUGGUUCCAGAAUGAGAUAAGUUCAGCGACACUGGAUAAUUCAAGGAGCUGUACUUUCUGAGGAUGCAGAGGAACAGAGACAAAGAGAGGGAAAACAUGGAAGGAUCGAAUCAGUGUAAGAAGAAGUUGAGAGUGUGUGUGGCGACAUGCAACAGAGCGGAUUACUCCAAACUGGCCCCCAUCAUGUUUGGGAUCAAAUCCCACCCUGAUGACUUUGAACUGGAGGUCGUGGUGCUUGGCUCACAUCUCAUUGAUGACUACGGAAAUACUUUUCGUAUGAUCGAGCAGGAUGACUUCGACAUCGGUUCUAAGCUCCACACUAUCGUGAGAGGAGAGGACGAGGCGGCCAUGGUGGAGAGUGUUGGGCUGGCACUGGUCAAACUUCCCGAUGUCCUGCAGAGAUUGCAUCCUGACAUCCUGGUCGUGCACGGCGACCGAUUCGACGCCUUGGCUCUGGCAACGGCUGCAGCGUUGAUGAAUAUCCGAAUCCUACACGUGGAGGGGGGAGAAGUUAGCGGUACGAUUGACGAUUCAAUCCGCCAUGCCAUCAGCAAACUGGCCCAUUACCACGCGUGCUGCACUCGCAUGGCGGAGCAGCACCUCAUCGCCAUGUGUGAGGACCACGCCCGCAUCCUCCUCGCAGGCUGCCCUUCUUACGACAAGCUGCUGUUGACCCACCAGCGAGGGGACUACUUGGAUAUCAUAAAAAGCUGGCUGGGCGACAACGUGCAGGAGGGUAAUUACAUUGUGGCGUUGCAGCAUCCGGUCACCACAGACAUCCAGCACUCCAUCAAGAUCUACGGACUGAUGCUGGACGCAUUGCUGUCCUUCGACAAGAAGACCCUCAUCCUCUUUCCCAACAUCGAUGCUGGAAGUAAGGAGAUGGUACGUGUCAUGCGAAGGAAGGGCAUCGAGCAGCACCCCAACUUCCGCGCGGUGAAGCACAUUCCUUUUGAGCAGUUCAUCCAGCUCGUCUGCCACGCCGGCUGCAUGAUCGGAAACAGCAGCUGUGGCGUGAGGGAGGCCGGAGCCUUCGGCACGCCCGUCAUCAAUCUGGGGACGAGGCAGACGGGCAGAGAAACAGGUGAAAAUGUUCUACACGUCAGAGAUGCAGACAGCCAUAAUAAAAUCUUCCACGCUCUGGAGCUGCAGUUUGGAAAGAGAUACCCCUGCUCUAAGAUUUACGGGGAUGGAAAUGCAGUGCCUCGUAUUCUGAAGUUUCUGCAGAGCAUAGACCUGGACGAACCCCUGCAGAAGACUUUCUGUUUCCCCCCUGUGAAAGACUCCAUCUCCCAGGACAUCGACCACAUCCUGGAGACCCAGAGCGCUCUGGCCAUCGACCUGGGAGGGACCAACCUCAGAGUGGCAAUCAUCUGCAUGAAGGGCAGCGUAGUGAAGAAAUACGUACAGCCCAAUCCCAGGACUUUCGAAGACAGAAUGAGUCUCAUAUUAAGGAUGUGCAGAGACGCGAUGAAAGACGCCGUCUGCCUCAACUGCAGAAUACUCGGUGUUGGAGUGUCCACGGGUGGGCGCGUGAAUCCACAAGCAGGCGUUGUUCUACAUUCCACAAACCUGAUCCAGGAGUGGUCCUCUGUGGAUCUGAGGACGCCCAUCUCAGACGCCCUGCACCUGCCCGUGUGGGUGGACAACGAUGGCAACUGCGCCGCUCUGGCUGAAAGGAAGUUCGGUCACGGAAAGGGAGUGGAAAACUUUGUCACUGUCAUCACGGGAACAGGUAUCGGAGGAGGGAUCAUCCACCACAACGAGCUGGUCCACGGCAGCACAUUCUGUGCGGCUGAGCUGGGCCACAUUGUGGUUUCACUGGAAGGCCCCGAGUGCUCGUGCGGCGGCCACGGCUGCAUAGAGGCGUAUUCGUCAGGGAUGGCCCUGCAGAGAGAGGCCAAAAAGCUGCAUGAUGAGGACCUGCUGAAGGUGGAGGGGGUGGACAUGAAGCUGUCUGAGCCAAUCACUGCAGCCCACCUCAUCAGUGCAGCCAGAAUGGGAAAUUCCAAAGCCGAUGCGAUUCUGAACAAGGCGGCCACAGCGCUGGGUGCAGGAAUCAUCAACAUCCUCCACAUAGUCAACCCCACACUGGUGAUUCUGUCUGGAGUGCUGGCGUCUUUCUACCAAGCCCCGGUGCAGCGCAUCAUCUCAGAGAGGGCUCUCUUCUCCACCAAAGGAACCAAAGUGGUCACAUCAGACUUGGAGGAACCUGCUUUACUCGGUGCUGCUAGCAUGGUUCUAGACUAUACAACCAGAAGAAUAUAUUGAAGUAUGUGAUACUUCAAAACUGACCGUAGUACCUUGGAUACAUGUAUACCAAGACAUAUCUGGGAGGCAUUUUUCAAUGCUAGAUUGAAUCAUCUUUGUUUUUGCUUUUUUUUUUUUUUUUUUUUUUUUUUUUUUUAUUUUUUAGAAAUAUUUUAUUUUCUUGUUGUUGAUAAUCAAAGUUAAGGUGGUGCUGUUUAUGUCAUCCUGAAAAAAGAAAAAUAUGCAGUGAUUCCAACUUGUAAUCUGUUUUUGGUCCAUUGGACAGGGUAUAGGAUAUCACACACUCAAGGAAGUAUUGACUCGUGAUUGAUCCUAAUGAAUAUGUUUUAGUCAAACUGACCUGGUCUAUAAUAUGUUGGUGGACGGGAAGACAAAUCUGCCAUCGUAUCGUUGUCAUUUCUUUUCAUUUUUGGAUUUUUUUUUUUUCUUCACAAAAGUGACCAAAAUAUCUCUUAAAACAUGUCUACCAGUAAUAAUUUUUUUGUGCUUUGACGCAGUGGCUGCUGUUCAGUUUUCUAUACAUUUUUUUCGAUCAACUUUCUCCAUUUCAUAUCCUUUGGAAAUGAACAAUUGUAACAUUUCAAUGAUUUUUUUGUUGAUGAAAGGAUUUAAAGUUUUGAUUAAUCACUUGAACAAAUAUAAUACUCGUAUUUAUGAUAUGCCUCGGCAACUUUUGCCUUGAGUAAAAAGACACGGAGUAUUCAAUUUCACCUGAUGUACAGGUUUUGUUUUAGUCUUUUUAAAUUAUAUUGCCACACCACCACAGACCUUAUAAAAAUGUAAUACGCAGCUCAUUUGUUCCAUGCUGUUUGCAGAAUUUAAAUAUAUUUAUAUGUAAGUUUAUUGAUUUAUGUUGGUCCAAAUAGAAACUUAAUAACAAACUUCUAAGUUAUAUGAAUGUUCCCUGUUGAGCAAAAGCCUGAGUACUGAAGUUCUUCUUCCAAAAGUUGUCCAUCUGUUCAAAAUCUUACUUUUGUUUAGAAGUGCCUCCAAGUUUUUACUGCUUUAUGCAUUGUGGAGCAAAAAUAAAGACAUGCAAACUUUUAAAUAAAGACAUUGCAUUUCUGUUUACCUAUCGGUCGACGUCCCACCUUCACCUGUGACCAUGAACUGUGGGUCAUGACUGAAAGAAUGAGAUUAUGAAUACAAGCAGCUGAAAUGAGUUUUCUGUGAAAUGGGUGGAGGACAUCACUCCUGGUGAUAGAGUGAGGAGUUUAUCCAUGCAGGAGAGACUCAAACUCAAGCUGCUACUCAACAUUUUGAGGAGCCAGUUGAGGUGGUUCAUCUGAUUAGGAAGGACCUUGACCACUUCCCAUUGUUCGAAGUUCAUAAGGCACGUCUGAGGUGUCCUUCAGGUCAGGACUCUCACGAGAGAUUGCUGUAAAGUAAAAAGUACUUUAUCUACAGCUCUGAGAAAUUUAAAAAAAAAAAAAUAAGCUGAAUUAUGGAAUGCCUCACAGUAGCAGUCUGGUAUUAAGUUAUUACUCAAACUGUCUUGAAGACGCAAACAUGUCCAGUGAUGUUGGAGUAUCAAGGA